AUGAAAACUUUUUUUACAGAAAUGGAUUGUAAAUCAGACUAGUUACUUCUCAAAGAAAUCAACUCUCUUUUUAUGCGUCUUAACUUUGAAUCACCUCGUACAUAAUAAGCUAUGAAAGAACUUAAUCUAACUAAAUAACAAUGUCAAAUUAAGUAAACAAAUGUGUAAAUUAUCAUAUAAGAAAUCUCUCUGAAUUUCUACAAUAUCAUAAUGAAAUUGAUGCCAUGUAUCUGAAUCAUUUGCAACUUUUAAAAGGUAAUUCAAUUUUUCCUCUACUCAUAUCUUAGAUAAUCUCUCAAUUUUAGUGAAUCGAAGAAGGGAAAUUAUAGGCCCUUCUAUUAAAAUUGUAUUCACAACUCCCAAGUAAUCAAAGUAAUUCAAUUUUCUCAAAAAAAUAUUUGAUCAUGACCUAAAACAGUUAUAUCAAUCAGAGAUGCUAAUUAAAUAAUAAUAAUAAAAAAACACAGAUAAAAUCUUUAAAUAAGUUGAGGAUACCUUAAAAUCCAUUUCUAAUAAAGCUAAAGUUCAUAAUAAUACUGUUGAAAGGAAACUAUCCCUAUUAAAAUAAAGUAGAGAAGAUGAUUUAGAUGAUAGAUUAAAUAAGAGUCUUGAUUUUGAUUCCAAAUUUGAACCUAUCCAAAAAUCAUUAUAAGAGUCUAAAACUAAAUUCAAAGUUAUGAUGUCAUCAAAAACAUAAUAAUUAUUGGAUUAUCAUCUAGAAAAAAAGAAAAAUAUUAUUGAUCAAGAAGAAUUGCGUAGAACUAAUUUAUAAUUUAAUACAAUAGAAAAAUCUUAAAGAAAUUCACAUUUUAAAUAAGGUAUUUCUAGUCAAGAUCGUAUUGAAUUAGUAUAAAAAUAAGAAUAAGAAUAAUAAUAAAAUGUAAUCACAAAAAUUGUUAAAUCAAUAUAAAAGACAUCAAUUUAGACUUAAUAGAAUUAAUCUAUUAUGCAAAAUACUGUUUAGAAAAUGAAAGAAGUAUAAGAUAAAAAAAUAAAUAAAGUCUAAUAAAACCUAACUUCUAAAUCUCUAAUGUAAUCAGAACGUGAAAAUACAAUAACUUAAGAUAUCUAAGAUAAAAUUAUAUCAAGUAAUACAAAAGCAAAACAACGCUUAUUGGAUAUUUAAUCAAAGUUAAGAAAUUUAAGUUAAUAAAAAUAAGAAAAAUAAUAAGAAUUACUUAAUAAUUAUACUAAUAAAAUGGAAAAGAGAAAUGAAACCAUAAUAGAAAAGCAUCUCAAAUUAAGAUAGAAACUUAAAAAGAGUUAAAAUUCUAAUAAAAAUAUGGUUUAAUAAUAGCAUUAAUUAAUUAUUGAAAAGGAUGAGUUUAAUCAAAAUAUUACUAAAGCCUAAAGGUUAAUAGUUACGAAACCAACAAAAAAUAUUGAAGAAUUACUCAACCAUGUUCUUUUUAAUUGA